AUGCAGUUGAUAUUUUCAUUUGUGUAUUCAUAUUUAGCAAUUGAAAUGUUCAGGAAUUUAAUUGGUUGCAAAUUUUUGAAUUAUAUACAAACUCCUAUAACACGUUUCAACUUAGAUCAACAUCCAGUGUCAGCAUUACCAAAUUUUGAUCCCGAAUAUGAUCAAAUGUUGCCAAGAGUGUUAAAAUCAGCAGCAAAUACAGCCCAUCUUGAUUUUUCAAAGAAGACAUCAUUUAAUGCAAUGACGAAUCGGCAUUUAAAUUGUGAUAAUAGUAGUAGUAAUAUUAAUUUUAGUAAUCAUUAUAAGACUUGCGAUAAUAAUUCUAUAGCUAAGAAGUUAAAUAUUAAUAAUGAAAAUACUGUAACCGCAACCACCUCUAACACCACCAACAAGACUAGUAAUACUAACAUUAAUAAUAACGCAAUAUUAUUAGAUUCUGAUUCAGAAGAUGAAGAGGUAAGAAUCUUUGUUACUAAAAAAUUUGUCGAACAAAAAAGUCUUUUGCAAGCGCAAACUCUACCUAAACCUAUAAGCCAAACACCACUGAAAAAUUCUGCAAAACCUCCUGUUAUCGAAGGUAAUAAAACACGAGUUAAAAAAGCAAAUACUCCAAAUAAUCUCGCAUUGAUUCCCAAGCAACCGUGUUCAAGCAAUCGUUUCCAAUUUUCGAUGCGUAGACCCCAAAUGUUAUCAGGACCAUCAAAAAAGCUAAAAGAUUGUAUCCCGGGCGAAGUAUCUAGUACAACUGAAAGUGAUAAUGAUUUAGAAAUAUUUAGAAAUAGGAGAAGUGACGAUAGUAGUAUUAUGCGAGAAGUUGAUGAAGCAACAUCUUCAACUUCUAGUGGUAACGAAAAUUUAGGAUCUUUUUUGGAAUUUUCUAGUCAACCCUUAGGUGUUAAUAAUCGUAUUGAAAAAUCUCUUAAUAAAAUCAGUGACGUUAGAAAAAGUUCCUCCUUUAAUCAAAACAAUUUGAGUAACAAUACACAAAAUCACGAUUCAAAAUUACAAUCCUCACUCCUACAAGACGCAAAGGAUAAAAGCUCUUCAGAAUCGCUUAAUAAUGUACAACACGAAGAGAAACCGAAGUCCAGUGUGUCAACUCUUUCUCCAUUACAAUGUUCUUCAUCUGUUUUGAAUUCGCUGCAAGAAGAAGGCAGUGUAAGAAAAAAAGACGAAACUCAAUUAAAUGACUCCACUAAUAUUACGUGUAACUCGCAAACGCAAUCAUCAUCACAAAAGUUGAAAUUAGAUAAAAAAGCUUUGUUGCCAUAUUCAAUAAGUUUAAAUUCGUUUGCUUUAACUGCAAGGACCACAAAUCCAAACGAGAAGAAUUUAAAUUUGUCAUUAGAAUCUAAAAAAAAUGAUGAGCACGGAACAGAAACAACAACUGUUAUUAAUGCUGUUAUAAAUAAAGUCAGUUGUAGUAGUGAAUUACUAAACGGAAAAGUCGAAGAUAUUGAAAGCUGUACUUCUAUUAAUAAUAAAGAAAUUAUUGGUAGUGGAAUAAACACAGUACAAUUGAAAAAGUUUUCGCGAGAUGAAAAAGAUAAUAAAAGUGAACAUUCGGAAAAAACUAAAAGUACUGAUAAAGGUUCAAAUAACGAAAAUGUUGUUUUUUCAGUGAAUUUAACAUUUUCGUCCUCAGCACCUUCAUUAACAUCUUCUCCAAACGAUGAAAUAUUAGAAGACAACAGAUUAAACAAAGUUGUUUUUUCUAGUAAUUCUGGUAGCAUUGGUACUUCAUACGAAGUAAAUUGCACAGCCAAAAACCAAUCCAAAGGUUUAAUGGAUAAAGUAAAGAACUUUAAAUCUUUAACUUCGGCUAAAUCUGGAUCAACAGGAAAUGUCAAAUGUUCUAACCUCAAAGCAAAGUCACUCGAUUUGGGGUUAAGCCACCGAUUUUCAAAAAAUACAAAUGAAAAUAGUAAUUUUCUAAAAGAAUGUGAUACCUUAAAUAUUGCUCCAUAUGCCAAACAGGAAAAAAGGUGUUCUAGACAAAUUACUGCGGAAUUGGAAAUUAAGAACAUACCGAAAUCAAAUAUGACAAUACCUGUUGAGUCUGGGGUUGCAGAUAAUGUUAGAACUAUUUCAACUGAAAAUGAACAACCGGGAUCAAUUAAUUUAAAGGAGUUUAAUAAAAGUUUAGAAAACAAGGAUACUCUAAUUAAAAAUGCAGUGGAAAUUAAUAAUAUUUCAGAGGCCGAAUUAAAUGAUUAUAAUUUUUCAGAGAACAAUGACAAAGAUAUAAAUAACUGCAAAUUUGAUUUGCCAGAUUUGGAUAAUUCAUGUCUCAAUACAACUAUGUUGGUUAAACCCAGCGAAAUAUCUAAAAGCAUUUUAAUUGGGAAAAAAAAUGAUUCAAAAAGCAUGCAUGAAAGUUUAAAAUUGGUAUGCAAUAGUUCAGAAAGUCUAAAAUUAAAAUUAAGUGCAGAUGAGGCUCAAAAAACACAAAACAUAAAGGUUUGUGGAGAUGUUGCUGACAACACUAAACAAAAUAUAAAAACUCAAGAUAAUGAGAAAAUAGCUUUAUGUAAACAAAUCAGCAAGGAACAUCACGAUUGCAAUAAUGAAGGGAAAAGCGUUGAAAUGUAUGAUAAUCCCAGUAAAACAAAAACUGGAAACACUUCUAUUAUGUUAGAAUUUGGAAAAAAUCGCGAAACCGCAGAAAUUGUUGAAAAACCAGAAAAUCUCGGUAAAACGGACAUGAAAAUUAAUAAGAAUAUAACAGAUCAGUUCAAUAUUUCUUUGAAUAAUAGCACAAAGAUUGAUAAUAAAUCUAAAUUUGGGGGAAGUUUUAAAAACGACAAAUUAAAACUUGAUAAAAGUUCUGUUGUGAAACCAAAAAAAAAUGAUGAAUGUGAAAUUAAAUCUCCUGUUAUAAAUUCACAAAUACAAAAGGAGGUAAACGACACAACAACUGUUGAGACAGAGAAAAAAACUGAUAUGGAUAUCAUAGUUUUAGAUAUUCACGCACAAGAAAAACUAAUGAGUGAAAAAUUCAAUAAUAACAUUGAUUUAUCGGAACAAAAUAAAGUAAUGACAGAAAGAAAUCUUAUUCAAGAUGAAGCAAUCCUAAAUGAUAAAGAUCGAAACCUUAACACUUCUUCUGAUCAAACAAAAAAAGUCGAUUCAGUUGAGAACGUUUCAAACACUAGUACUAAACUUGAACAAAUAAAGGAGAUUUCUACUUCUGAAGAAACCAGCAGAAAAUGUAAGGAUAGUAAAACUUUCGAAACAACGAAAACCACUGUAAUUUGUAAACGAACCAGCGCUGACGAGAAAAUAAAGCAAAUCGCAAAGAAUAUCGAAAAUUUUGCUGAAAAUUAUAUUGCAAAAGAUAUUACGGAGCCCGAGCAAAUUAAUGAAGAAAAUUCUAAAAUUGAAAAGAAAAGUAAUGAAGCGUUAAUUAACUGCAAUGUUGUCAGUGACAAUAAAUCUAUUGAAUGUAACAGAAAACAAGUAAAUAAUACUGGCAAUUUCAAAGUACAGGAAACGUUUGCUAAAAGCGAUAUCAGUGUAGAUCAAAAAUUAAAAAAAAAAGAAAAAAUUGCAGCGGGUGGAAACAUCGAAUCUUGUAAAAUUGAGCAUUCCGAUAGGGAAAUAAAUGAAAUAAAACCAAAUGAUAACGUAAAUUGUGAUGAUAACGACAACAAAGUUUCAAAUACUUCUGUUAAAGUUGCGGCAAAGGGUAAUGAUGUUUUAAAUGAAAAAACUAAAACUGCAGAAUUGGACAAUAAUGUAAAAACAUUUAUCGGAGGGGCUAUUAGUCAAAUUAGUACCUCUAAUCAGCAUGUUAAACAUGAAAAAUUUUUGCUAGAAAAUUGCAGUAAUCGUAUAACACCGCACAAUAUUUCAAAAAUAAAAGACCUGGAAACUAAAACUAGUAUUUUGGAAAACAGUGAAAAUUUGAUAAAUUCAAGCACGGAAAGUUAUAGCCUUUACCCAUAUAAAAGUCAAGAUGAUCAAGAUGUUCCCGAAAAAGUUUCAAUUUCGGGAACUAGCAAAAUUGAAACUGAAAAAGAAACAUCUGUUGUUAAACCUAUAGAAAAAUCAGGGAAUGAAGCAAAUGAAACGAUUACUGAAAUUAAAUGUGUAGAAAAGUCACAUAGUGUCCCACGAGAAAAGCCUGUUGAAGUUCCGAUAUUAGAACUAGAUGCAAAAAGUGAAAGCUCAAAAUACGUAGAAAAACAUUCAUUUACAAAUCUAUCGGAAGUUGAGACUUUAGCAGUAGAGAGUUACAAGAAUCACGAAAGCACCGUUAAUGAUCUUGAUAACAACAACAGAACUGUUAAACACGAAAAACUUUUGCUAAAAAAUAGCAAUAAUCGUCCAACACCAGUUCAGAACACCACUGCAAAAAAACGGGAAACGCACGAGAUUUCCAAAAUAAAACACCUGGAAACUAAAACCAAUAUUUUGGAAAACAUUGAAACUUUGAUAAAUUCAAGCACGAAAAGUCAUAGUCUUUACCCGUACAAAAGUCAUGAUGAUCAUGAUGUUCCCGAAAAAAUUUCAAUUUUGGGAACUAGCAGUGAUUCAUUUGAUAUUGCACUUAAAGAAGAUGAAACGAAGAAGCAAGGUACAGAAAAAAUUAAAAGUCAAAAUAUAGAAAAUGAUAUUUCUGCUUUUAAAGAAAUGGGAACUGAAAAAGAAACAUCAGCAGUUGAACUUAUAGAAAAAUCAGGGAAUGAAGCAAAUGAAACGAUUACUGAAAUUAAAUGUGUGCAAAAAUCACAUAGUGUCCCACGAGAAAAGUCUGUUGAAGUUCCGAUAUUAGAACUUGAUGCAAAAAGUGAAAGCUCAAAAUACGUAGAAAAACAUUCAUUUACAAAACUAUCGGAAGAUGAAACUUUAGCAGUAGAGAGUUACAAGAAUCACGAAAACACCAUUAAUAAUCUUGAUAACAACAACAGAACUGUUACACACGAAAAACUUUUACUAGAAAAUAGCAGUAAUUGUCCAACACCAGUUCAGAACACCACUGUAAAAAAACGGGAAACCACGAAAAGUCAUAGUCUUUACCCGUACAAAAGUCAUGAUGAUCAAGAUGUUCCCGAAAAAGUUUCAAUUUCGGGAACUAGCAGUGAUUCAUUUGAUAUUGCACUUAAAGAAGAUGAAACGAAGAAGCAAGAAAUUGGAACUGAAAUGGAGACAUCUGUAGUUAACCCUAUAGAAAAAUCAGCGAAUAAAGCAAAUGAAACGAUUACUGAAAUCAAUUUUAAAGAAAUCAAAUGUGUGGAAAAUUCACAUUGUGUACCACGAGAAAAGCCUCCUGAAAUCUCAAUACAAAAACUUGAUACUAAAAUUGAAAGCUCAGAACACGUAGAAAAAUGUUCAUUUACAAAUCUAUCGGAAAUUAACACUUUGGUAGAGGAAAGUAACAAAAAUCACGAAAACACUGUUAAUAAACUUAAUGUCGCAGAUUGUAUUGAUUCAUUUAAGGAGAUAGAAAGGAAAGGUUCCAGAGAAAUUGUAAACACGCCAAAAGUUUCCCUUCCAUUUGACAAAGUUGAAGUUGGAGAAAAAUGCUCAAAAGUUUCAAAAAUUUGUAACGAAAAUUCAUUAGGUGAUACCGGUAAUAUUCAAAAAUCAUUAGAAAGUUCAUCAUUCAAAAAAGGAGUGGUGGAGGCGUCUUCAAAUUCAAAACAAAAUGUCAUACAAAGCGACGAUAAUGAAGAAAAAAGUGAAUUGAAAGAUGAAGAAAAGUCAGUUGUGGAUAGUAAAGUUAUAGACAGCUUGCCUAUAGUUACUGUAAUUUCGGAUCAACAAAAUUAUGCUGACAAAGAAAUAAAAGGCAAUAAUGAAAUCGUGGCUCUGGCUGUAGAAAAAUCAAAACUUAAGAAUAAAAGAAUACAAAACUAA